AUGGCUACUUGGACUGAUGAAGGAUUCAAGACCAAGGGUCAGGAAAAGGGUUCUGUUUUACAGGAGUCUCACAAUUACGUCCAGUCAAUAGAACAAUUAUCACCGGCAGCAGUUUUUUACAAUCCCAAAGGUCAGGAAAAGGGUUCUGUUUUACAGGAGUCUCACAAUUACGUCCAGUCAAUAGAACAAUUAUCACCGGCAGCAGUUUUUUACAAUCCCAAAG